UCUUGUUAAAAACAUAUUUCAAGUUUAUACUGUAACUUUUGCAAUUUUAAUAUAUUUUAAUCUUCUUUACAAUAUUCUGUCAUAUAGGAAUAUAUAUCUAUACCUAUACAUAGUAUAAAAUGAAGUCUCCUGAAAGCAGCUUGCAGAGGCCAAACAGGUGAUAAAUGACUGUUUGUUUCGCCAGCUGGCGAUAAGCAUCAAUCAUACCUAUGGAGAUGAACUUUGCUCUCCAACGAAUAAAAGCGACUCACUUCCUGCCUUCGCCGGCUUGCUCCGAACUUCUGCCUCGUGCUGGUCGAUGGAAUUACGGCCAAUGUAUCAUGAUCUAUAUUUGUUAAUAUAAUUUGUAAUUAAAAUUUAUUUUUGUUAUCUACUUGGCUGGCAGUUUUCAUUAAGUAAAAAUGUUUUAAUACUCUAAUUUAAAGUAAAUUUGGCAAUGCGUGUUAAACCACACACCAAAGGCUGUAUGUUUGAACCACAAAAACUCAAGAAAUAAUUAACAGAUAUUCGAGAUAUGUAUACAAUUUUGUCGGGCAUUUAUUGGGAAAGGUUUUAGUUCAUUAAAGUCAUAUCAAAAUGAAAAAGGAGUUUUAUAAAUACGAUUUUAAUUAUUCUGUGCAUGCACAGAAACCUCAAACUGCACAUGUGCAAAUAGCAAGAGCUGUGGUAUGCAUAUGCGAUAUAUUUCUUUGUUUACAUUUGCUUUUAAAAAGCGAUUCAAGUGUAAAUAAUUUAGUAUAAACCAUUGUUUUUUUGUUCAGACACACUAUAUGUAAACAAGAAUGAAAAAAUAGAAGUUAUUGGAACUGUAUUUUCUACUUCAAGGUAGUGCAGGAAAUUUAAAGCAAGGUUGGACGACUUCUGAUGAGAAAGGUGGUUAAUGAGUGCUUAGGUUUUCCAUAUAAUGAAAUUUCAUUUUCAAGGUCAUCAUCUGGGAAACCAUUCUUGGAAAAAUGUGAUGGAUUCGAUUUCAAUAUAUCUCAUCAUGGAGACUUUUGUGUAUUAGCUGCAGAAUAUAACUGCCGAGUAGGUGUUGAUGUCAUGAAAGUUGAAUACAGAGGAAAAGAAACAUCAAUAGAAGAGUAUUUCUCUUUGAUGAAGAGACUAUUUUCUUCUCAUGAGUGGAAUUUUAUUGCUCAACCUGGUUCAGAGAAAGAACAGUUAAGCAGAUUUUACCGUGUAUGGUGUUUGAAAGAAAGUUGUGUUAAAGCAACUGGCUUUGGGCUAGCAUUUAAUCUGCAGGGUUUGAGUUUUUCAUGCCCAACACCAAUCUUGAAUCAAGGAAUUAUUACAGAAGACACAACGGUGUAUGAAAAUGGAAAUUUAAAACCUCAAUGGAAAUUUGAAGAAACAUUUUUGGAUGAUAAUCAUUGUGUUGCUGUGGCUACAGAACCAGUUCAUCAGGAAAAUUUUGAAGAAGAAAAGCAUGAACUAAAAAAUUUUGUCUUUCUUACAUUUAAUGAUCUGAUGCAAAACUGUAGGCCAUUUAUUCAAGAAGAAGAGAACUUUUGGGAAAAUUUCGUUUCCAAAGGUGAAAAGAAAAAGGUAUGAAACAUGUGCAAUCGUAUUUUAAGCAGACAUAGGCUUAUGAGACUUUUGUCAAAUUUUAAUUAAAAUAUAUCUUUGUUAUUAUAUAAGUAGAUUGAAAAUAAAUAUUUUAUUACUUGUUUUAA